ACUGUUCAUUACAAAAUAAUAAAGACAAAAGGGAGAGACUAUCGACGGAAAAUCCAAAUAGAUAUUAGUGUUUGAUUUUCAUUGGACUUCGAUAUCCUUCUUUUCAUCUCAUCAUCCAAUAGAAGAAUCAGAUUUCCCUAUCUCUCUCUCGGAUCACCGGAUCAGCCAAUUUCUCUUGAUCCAGGUUUUUCUUCAGCUUUCUCUGAUUUGAAUAAUUUUAACCUCUUUGAUCUGUUUAUUUCUUUCAUUUUUCACUUUAUUAACCAAAAUGGAUGUGAAUUGGUCGGAACUUCAACCUGAAUUGGUACAACUUAUUGCUAAUAAGCUAACCAGCUAUAUUGAUUACAUUAGAUUUCGUUCAGUCUGUGUAAAUUGGCACUCAACUUUAUCACCUACUCAUCGUUACUUACCUUACCAAUUUCCAUGGCUAAUGCUUCCUUAUACUGGAAAUUGUUGCCGUUUCUUUAAUCUCUCGGCAAACAAGGUCUACCAAUUGAACUUACCACUACCAAAGGCUCCAGUUCCGAGCCGUUGUUGUGGUUCUUCACAUGGCUGGCUUGUUUUUCAGGUAGAAAAUAACCCAAGCAUAUUUCUUUUUAAUCCGCUCACAAGCAUUCAAAUCCAGCUUCCUCCAUUAACAGCAUUCCCAAAUGUAUUGGAUUUUGAUGUUAAUAAAGUUGGUAAAGAGUAUCUUUUUCGAGAUUCGCCUACAAAUGAUCCAUACAGAUGUAGUGCUGUUGAUAUUCUUGAUUCUUUUAUUAAGAAAGUAGUUUUUUCUUCGUCUCCUACUUCAGAUGAGUACAUUGUUCUAGUAAUCAUGAAUGAAACAGGCCAACUGGUUUAUUGUAAGAAAGGAUUUGAAUCAUGGAAAAUGAUUGAUGGUGCCCAAGGCUACUCUCAGGAUGUUAUAUUCUACAAAGGACUAUUCUAUGCUGUAACCAAGAGAGGGGCUAUUGCAAUUUGUGAUGUCACUGGUGAAUCUCCAGUGGUGACAAUCAUUACAACACCGCCGCUACGAAGACCAUUACCAAGUCGAACAAUACUUGUAGAUUAUGAUCGUUAUUAUUCUGAUGAAUUACUUUAUUUGGUGGAUGUGCUUGGUGAGCUGUUGCUGGUUGCGAGGUAUUUUGAACUUGUAGUGGAUACUGAGCCGAAUAUGUCAGUUUACAAAACAGUUGGUUUCUUUAAGUUAAUAAGUCCUGUAAUAUUUGACUUGAACUGUUUCAUUCCCUAACGUAUCUUUCAAGUCGUGCAUAUUGAAAACAUAA